CCACAAAACAAAUACUUAUUAAAAGCAAAAACAACCAAAAGAGAGAGAUCGAUAAUGGCACCACUACACGGGUCUUUUUCUGGGGAGGUUGUCAUUGGAGCUCCGGCAGACAAAUUCCUCGACAAAUUUACCAGCACCGGCAGUCUACCUCCAUGCAUGUUUGAACUUAAAUACAUCGAGGAGAUGAAGCUGAAGUUCGAGUCGAAGGAUUUGGAGAAAAGAACGGUGAAGAUAACCAUACAUGGGAGCCUAACCUCGGGAAAAUACAAGACGGUCGAAGCAACCUUCACCGUCACUCCUAGGGAAGACAGGAACGGUAGCCGCGUGGCGUGGACCGUUGAGUUCGAGAAGAUUCACCAAGACAUCGAAGAUCCACUGUGGCUCAUCGACAAUCUUGACGUGUACUUCAAGCAGCUCGAUCACGGAUUUUAUCUCGAGUUCGUAACCAUUAAAAAAAAGAUCGACUCCAUUGACGUUAAGUCUCCGGCGGAUGAAUGCUUUAAGAAUCUCAUCGAAGCGCUUGAAGAUUAUGAUCCAAAAGAUACGUUGGAGAUCGAGGCUGUGGAUCGGGAGAAGAGAACAGCUGCGAUGAGAAUGAGGAGCUCUCAUAUCUUGAUGAAGAAGCUCAAGACGCUCAAAGUAGCCAUGACCGUUACUCCUAAGAAAGACAAUGGCGGUAGCCACAUCAAAUGGACCAUCGAGUCUGAGAAGAUUUCCGAUAAAAUCAUCGAUCCGGACUUAUCCCUCGACACAGCUGUUUAUAUCCGCGACAUGAUCCAGAUGCACCUUCGUAAAAUCCCAAGAUUCAACUAAAUAAGUUUAUUGCAGUACGUAUAUGCAUAUAGAACCGUCUAAAUAAAGUGGCACGUAUAUCUAUUUAUAUAUCUAUGUUUAUUGCAAGUAUAUGCAUGCAUCUGUUCUAAAGCUUGGUAUUUGGGGAUGUAUGGAUCUCGUUAAGAUAUAUAUGAAUGAUUUUAUCGAUUAAUAUAUGUUAUUGUUGGACCGGUGAUGAUUAUAAUAUGUCACAAAAAGAAAUUAAUUAUAAUAACGAAUAUCUCCAUUACAAAAAGAAACGACAAAUCUA